UCGAGCUAAUGCAGUCACCCAUUUGUCGGCGUCGGCGUCGGCGUCGGCGUCGGCGUCGGCGUCCCUUUGGUUAAGUUUUUGUAUGUAAGCUGGUAUCUCCAUAACUACUGAAGGGAAUGGAUUGAAACUUCACACACUUGUUCUCUGUGAUUAUCUAAGAUGAUUGGCACAAGUCCCAUAACUCUGAUUUGCUUUUUUUCAUAAUUAUGCCCCUUUUUCGACUUAGAAAUUCUUGGUUAAGUUUUUGUAUGUAAGCUGGUAUCUCCAUAACUACUGAAGGGAUUGGAUUGAAACUUCACAUACUUGUUCUCUGUGAUUAUCUAAGAUGAUUGGCACAAGUCCCAUAACUCUGAUUUGCUUCUUUUCAUAAUUAUGCCCCUUUUUCGACUUAGAAAUUCUUGGUUAAGUUUUUGUAUGUAAGCUGGUAUCUCCAUAACUACUGAAGGGAAUGGAUUGAAACUUCACACACUUGUUCUCUGUGAUUAUCUAAGAUGAUUGGCACAAGUCCCAUAACUCUGAUUUGCUUUUUUUCAUAAUUAUGCCCCUUUUUCGACUUAGAAAUUCUUGGUUAAGUUUUUGUAUGUAAGCUGGUAUCUCCAUAACUACUGAAGGAUUGGAUUGAAACUUCACAUACUUGUUCUCUGUGAUUAUCUAAGAUGAUUGGCACAAGUCCCAUAACUCUGAUUUGCUUCUUUUCAUAAUUAUGCCCCUUUUUCGACUUAGAAAUUCUUGGUUAAGUUUUUGUAUGUAAGCUGGUAUCUCCAUAACUACUGAAGGGAAUGGAUUGAAACUUCACACACUUGUUCUCUGUGUUUAUCUAAGAUGAUUGGCACAAGUCCCAUAACUCUGAUUUGCUUUUUUUUCAUAAUUAUGCCCCUUUUUCGACUUAGAAAUUCUUGGUUAAGUUUUUGUAUGUAAGCUGGUAUCUCCAUAACUACUGAAGGGAAUGGAUUGAAACUUCACACACUUGUUCUCUGUGAUUAUCUAAGAUGAUUGGCGCAAGUCCCAUAACUCUGGAUUGCUUUAUUUCAUAAUUAUACCCCUUUUUCGACUUAGAAAUUCUUGGUUAAGUUUUUGUAUGUAAGCUGGUAUCUCCAUAACUACUGAAGGGAAUGGAUUGAAACUUCACACACUUGUUCUCUAUGAUUAUCUAAGAUGAUUGGCACAAGUCCCAUAACUAUAAUUUGCUUUUUUUCAUAAUUAUGCCCUUUUUUCGACUUAGAAAUUCUUGGUUAAGUUUUUGUAUGUAAGCUGGUAUCUCCAUAACUACUGAAGGGAAUUGAUUGAAAGUUCACACACUUGUUCUCUGUGAUUAUCUAAGAUGAUUGGCACAAGUCCCAUGUCUCUGAUUUGCUUUUUUACAUAAUUAUGCCCCUUUUUUGACUUAGAAAUUCUUGGUAAAGUUUUUGCGUGUAAGCUGGUAUCUCCAUAACUACUGAAGGGAAUGAAUUGAAACUUCACACACUUGUUCUCUGUGAUUAUCUAAGAUGAUUGGCACAAGUCGCAUUACUCUGAUUUGCUUUUUUGCAUAAUUAUGUCCCUUUUGAUAACAAGUGAAUUACACUUUGACCUAGUUACCUACUUUUUUGUGUUUAAAGAUACUGCUUGAAUUUUGGAACAUAUGCUUCGUUUUAGAUAGUUGUAGUAGAACUUAACGUUUACUAAUACUCAGAGCCGGAAUUAACCAUAUGUCCCUGACUAUCGGUAUCUUAGUUGGUCAGCAGUAGAAGCCACAUCGGGAUUUUCUUUUAUGCUGUACAACAAUGUGCAGUAGUUGCUGCACUUGACUUGAUCUUUACCUGCCGUGUGCCUUCUCUGUGACUUACGGUUGUUUUUAAUAUGAAAAUGAUACAUUGUUCAGGUGAGUGUUUACAAUUAUUUACAUACUGCAAUGAAAUCAGUUUAAUUAAAUAGAUUUGUUUUCCCUUUUUUUCCUUCUUUACCUUUUUUAUAUCAGUUCAGGCUAUGGCAAUAUGCAACAAAUUUCCACUGUAGGCAUAACUAAAUUAUCAGUGGCAGUAUGUUUCUUGUUGAAAGAGACUUGUCACACCUCUUGCCUCCAUAGUGACAUAAUAAAGAAGUAUUAUUAUUAUACUUCUAAUUUAUUUCCAUUUUCUUAAAGUGAUCUUUUUCUAUUUUAGAUUUAAUUAAAAAUGGAAGACAAAAAAAUUAUAAAUAGCAUUGCUGACAUGGAACUCCAAAUGUUAGGCAUAGCCUAUAAAUUGAAACAAAAUGAAAAUAUAAGUGAAGCUACGUCAGCAAUCGAAGUAUUGGCUAGGAAAUGCAAGGGAGCUGCUAUGACCAUGACUAUUCGAAAUGAUGCUGCUCUACAAGAAUUGGACAGGCUUAGAAAUGACAAUAAAAUUUUGAAAGGCAAACUUGAUCAUGCUGUUAAAGAUAAAGCCAAAGCAUUAGGUGAAUCUGGGUCACUCCAGUUUAAAGUUGUGCGUUUAGAAAGUGAAAUUUUAAAACUGAAAGAGAGUGAAAAGAAUCUUCAGCAGGAAAUGGAAAUGAAGGUGUCACAAGAUAUUAUAUGGGGAGACACAGAUGAAGAUGAGGAGGGACUGGCCACUUCAGGCAAAGACCAGCCAAACACUAUAAUUAAGGACUGUAAUGAAAAUGAGAUUACAGAAGAACCAUCCUUCAAGAAACAAAAAAAAUAGAACAUUGAAAUACAUUAGACACUAAUUAUUUCACAAGGAUAUCAAUUCAAAAAUUUACCUUUUUUACAUCUCUGUGUAGACUGAUGUUUGUUAUUACACACAUAUGAAUAUAUAUAUAUAUACUAUUGAUAGAUGUUAAGAUUCCAUUUCUCCAUUGUCUAUUCAAUCAUCUUGUUUCAUAUAAAUUGACAAUGAUAUUCAUGAAAAUAAAUAAAUUUCAGAUGUUUUUUUGUGGGCAAGUACGUAAGUAAGUUGAAUUAUUAAAGGUGCUGGACUAUAAAAACCAAAAUACAUUCCCCCCAAAACAGUGCAGCUUAUUUAAAGCUUUCAAACUUACGCCAUCCACAUUUAGAUACUUAUAAAAAGUAAUGUAUACAUGUAUAUACAAAAUUGUCAAAAUUGCUUUCCAUAUGACUGUAUUUUGGUUCAUUGUUUCUGUUUUUUUUCACAAAUUUAUGAAGGUAAUUCUCACAAAAUAAUGAUUUGAUAUGAUACCUGUUCGGGAGAUGAACUUACAUAACCAGUAUCUUCAUGCAAGCAGUAUUUAAUUGCAGUUUAUUGUAUUUUUUAAUCCUGUUCAAAUACUACUGCCACUGUUCAGAAUUAUUCACAUAUAAUAGAUUUUGUUUCAGAUAGCCAAUUAGCUCAGUCCAUUGAGCAGCCGCACCUCUACACUAACAACUCAUUUUUCUUUCCAUGUUACAUACUCGUAUGCUACCAGACAUAAAAUCUUGAUCCUUUAUCCAGUAAACAUUGUAAAGUUUGGUUUAAGUGCAGUAAAAUAAUGGUCUUAUUCUAUUUCAGUAAAGUAUUUCAAAGUUUGUAAAUUUUUGUAAAAUAGAUAAAGUUCAAAUCAUUUUAACAAUACUAUAUCUUCUGUUAGUGAGUGCCUUAAAAUUAUUUUCAGGUGCUGGUCAUUACCUUCUUUCAAAUAAAGGAGCGCAUGCAUAUUAUGGCAACAUGACACAAUUCUGUGAACGAUGUGGGAAAACAUUCAAGACAGUUAAAAACCUUGAAAAACAUGUCUGUAAUAUGUGUUCAAUAUGUGGGAUGGUUUUCACAAGACGAGAAAAUCUCAACAAACAUGUGUGUGAAAGAAAAACCUUUCAGUGUAAUCUAUGUAAAAAGUCGUACAAAACUCAGCAUACGUUUAAACACCACAAGUGCUGUUACUGUGAUUUAUGUAAGCAUUCUUUCUCUUCAUAUCAGAAGAAGACUGCACAUUGUUGCAAAAAUGUGUCUGAUACAAUAGAUGUGCCAGCUUCAUCUAAAAUCAAUGAACAGAACAGUUCAAAAUGUUUCCAACCACAUGCUUCAUUCCAGCAGACAGAAAGUACAUCAACUACACGCAUAAAAUACAAUGAUUUGAAACCAGUAACAUCUUUGAAUCUUCAUGCUAAAAAGUCAUGCUGUCAAACUUUAACUGAAACAUCUGUAGAAAGACAGAAACAAUAUUAUCAACCUGUGCGGUCUUUGUGGCAAAAAAAACAAUGUGAUGAUUUAAACAUUCAUGGUAAAAUAGUGUUUGGAGCAGAUGUAAUUGUGAAAGAACUACAAAAACCAUGUUCAUUCAAAAACAUAAAGGGGGAUGGAAACUGUUUCUUUCGCUGCAUUUCAUAUGUUGUCACAGGCAGUGAAGAGAACUAUCAUUAUUUUAGGAUGGCUAUCGUUUCACAUAUUAAAAAACACCCGCACAUGUUCAAAAUGUUAAUGAGUAAUAACAUAUCGGUGUUCUACUACAUACAGAAGUCAAAAAUGGACCAAGAUAAAGUGUGGGCAACUCAGGUAGAAAUAUUUGCUGCUGCUCAUUUCCUCAAAACAUCUAUUUAUAUUUAUACACAAACUGAUGUGUCAGGCAGAUUUCAGUGGUUGCAACAUUCACCAAAUUUUAUUGAUAGAAAUUGUCUUCAAACUACUCAACACAUUUAUAUAAACCACAGAAAUAGAAACCACUAUGAAGUAAUAUUGGAUGUACAGAAUAUUCAGUCUGACAUUCCAGAAUCUUUUAAUUGUAACAAACAAGUAUUGCAUGAAAUUCAAAAUCAGAUAAAUUUGACUUUUGAAAAAACAAAAUAUGAAAAAACUACUGUUAAUAGAAAAACAGAGAAACCUGUUUCUACUAUACAAUUAGAACAAAAUGAAGAAGAGGAAGAAGGUUCCUAUAACAGAAAAAAAGCAUAUGAAAGGAUAAAGAAAAGAGAGUGGAGAAAAAAUGAAGAAAAUAGGACUCUUGAAAAUGAAAAAAAACGUUUGAAUACAAAAAAUAGAGAGAAGGAAAAAAAUAUCAAGAAACAAAAAAGAUUGGAUCAAGAUGUUAAAGAUAAAGAAAAUGAGAAUAAACGUUUGAAUGUGCAGAGCAGAGAAGUUGAAAAAAAUAUCAAGAAACAAAAAAGACUGGAUCAAGGUGUUAAAGAUAAAGAAAAUGAGAGCAAACGUUUGAAUUUGCAGAGCAGAGAAGUUGAAAAAAAUAUCAAGAAACGAAAAAGACUGGAUCAUGAUGUUAAAGAUAAAGAAAAUGAGAAUAAACGUUCGAAUGUGCAGAGCAGAGAAGUUGAAAAAAAUAUCAAGAAACGAAAAAGACUGGAUCAUGAUGUUAAAGAUAAAGAAAAUGAGACUAAACGUUUGAAUGUGCAGAGCAGAGAAGUUGAAAAAAAUAUCAAGAAACUUAAAAGACUAGAUCAAGAUGUUAAAGAUAAAGAAAAUGAAAGAAAAAGACAAAACAUUGAUAACAGGUACAGGGAAAAAGAGCAUAAACAGAUUAGAAGAAGUGACAUGAAUUGCAGAAAUGAAGAUAGAGAAAGGGUGCAAAAAAAAACAACAUCACUAUCUCUAGAAAAUCUUAUUGAAUCAUUUCAUUCAUCUGUAGAGACAGGCCCAUUAUAUGUAUGUACUUGCUGUGAUCAGCUUUGGUACCGUGAAAGUGUACGACUCAAAUACAAUAUAAAUAUUCAAGAUGAAGAGCUAAACAAAAAGAUUUUUACAGGGUUUAAAAGUGCUGAAGGAAAAGAAUGGAUUUGUUUUACCUGUUUUUCGUAUGCAAAAAGGCAAAAAUUACCUCCACUGUCAAAAUGUAAUAAUCAAUUCCCAUCGAAGCCAUCAGUUUUAGAUCUUACAAACCUAGAGGAGCGCCUCAUCUCUCCUAGAAUUCCUUUCAUGCAGUUACAUGAAUUACCAAGAGGCGGCCAGAUUAGUUUAUAUGGAAACGUUGUCAAUGUUCCGGCAAAUGUAAACACUACAGUUACCCAUCUUCCUAGGAAUUGUGCUGAAAAUGAUACUAUUGCUUUGAAAUUGAAGAGAAGGUUGUCAAAUGAACAUUAUGUUCUCUUCCAAAACAUUCGCCCUGAAAAAGUGAGACAAGCUCUUUCUUAUCUUGUUGACCACAGUCUUUUGUAUAAGGAAGAAGGUAUUACAGUAGACGAUAACUGGGAUGUACCUACUUUGGACAAACAUGAUCUUGCAAUUGAAAAAGAGGAAGUUAAAGAUGAUUGGGAUGAAACAGCUACAUUUGAACAACCACCUGGAUCUUUAGACACAUUGAUGCAACCAAUAGAUCCUUUUUUGGAACAAUCUUCUGAAGUUUUCUCAUUUGCCCCUGCAGAAGGAAAUCAUCCUUUAAGUAUUUUUAUUGACAAACACUCAGAAGAGUUGUCUUUCCCAACUAUAUUUUGUGGUGAGAAAAGAUUAGAAAAUAACAUCAGCUAUGCAGAAAUUUGUAAAUCAGAACUGAGACGAUUAGAUCGAAGAGUGGCAGGACAUGUACCAAACUUAUUCUUCAAACAUAAAAAGCUUCAAGCAAAACACAUAAAUGAUAAAUCAAAUUUAAUAUUAAGGAAAGUAAAGGGUGGCCAUAAAAAAACUGCAGCAGAACUUAAAUCUCCAGAAAAUGUUAUGAAGUUAUGCAGAUUAGAUGAGGGUUACAAGAUUUUCAAAGAUUUAAGAGGAUCACCUCCAUACUGGGAAAAAACAAAAAAAGACUUGUUUGCCAUGCUCAGAGUCUUAGGAAUACCUACCUGGUUUAUGUCAUUUUCAUCAGCAGAAACAAGAUGGAUACAUUUACUCAAAAUACUUUCCCAGACAGUCAAUGGAAAAGUAUUAUCUUCAGAAGAAAUUUCAAAUCUUACAUUCUUUCAAAAAUCUGAAAUGAUAAGAAAAGAUCCUGUAACAUGUGCAAGACAUUUCCAGCAUCAGGUCAAAAGACUUCUCAACACUGUUCUUCUCAGCUCAUUAAACCCAAUAGGACAGGUAACAGAUUAUUUCUAUAAGGUUGAAUUUCAAAUGAGAGGAUCUCCCCACAUUCAUAUGCUGGUAUGGAUUGAUAAUGCUCCAAAAUUAGAGGAAGGUGGAGAAAAUACAAAAGCUGUGGAAGAAUUUGUUGAUGAAUAUGUGUCCUGUAAAAGAGAUUCAACAUUGGACUUAUUACUUCCAGUUCAAGAGCACAAUCACAGUAGAACAUGCAAGAAAAAGGGACAAUGUAUUUGCCGGUUUAACUUUCCUAUACCCCCAAUGCGAGAAACAUGUAUUCUAGAGCCAUUGGAUGAUGCUGUAGGCACAGAAGAAAGACAAGUUUGCAAACUAAAUUGGCAGAAAAUUGAGAAGAAAUUAGAUGAUUUCAGAAAAGAAACAGUUCAGACCAUGUCAUUUGAUGAAUUCUUACAAGCCUUAGAAUUGACUGAUGACAGCUAUAUUAAUGCAGUCCGUUCAACUUUGAAUGCAAAAAGGAUAUUCUUGAAGAGAGAUGUUCAUGAAACCAGACUCAAUGCCUAUAAUAGAACUUUACUACAAUGCUGGAGAGCAAAUAUAGAUAUUCAAUUCGUUUUAGAUGCAUAUGCUUGUGCAGUAUAUAUUGUUACAUACAUCUCCAAGUCACAACGUGGUAUGUCAAACCUGUUAUACCAUGCAGUUCAAGAGGCUAGAGAUGGAAAUAACAGUCUCAGUAAACAGGUACGCUCAGUUGGCCACAAGUUUCUCAAUCAUGUUGAAGUAUCUGCACAAGAAGCAGUAUAUUUCAUUUUACAGAUGCCACUGAAACAAUCAUCCAGAGAUGUAGUAUUUGUAAACACAUCUCCACCUGAAGAAAGAGUGAUUAUGUUAAAAAGUCUUCAUAUAAUAAAGAACAUGCCUAGUGAUUCCACUGACAUUGAAACCAAAAGUAUCCUUACGAGGUAUUCGGAAAGACCAAAAGACCUGGAAAAUGUGUGCUUAGCAGACUUCUGUUCACAGUACAAAAUUGUAUACAAGAGAAAGGGAAAUCCUAAAGUACAGUUUGAUGUUAAUGUUGAUGAUGACAACCAUGAAGAAGAUGAUGAUGAUGCUGAUGAUGACAUCUUUGGGGAUCAUUCCAAUGGUUCUACUUAUAAGCUAGCAGACGGAAAUAUUCUGAAAAAAAGAAAGAGAUCUGUGAUCAUACGUUAUGUCAGAUAUCAACAGUCACUUGAUCAAGAAAACUACUUUCGGGAAAUUUUACUUCUAUUUCAUCCUUGGAGACAGGAAAGUUUGAUGAUGGGAGACAGCGAUUCUUACACAAAUCGCUACUUUUCCAUACAGAAAAACUGUGAGAUUGAAACAAAGAUGAAAGAGUAUAACCAUAACUCUGUAGAAAUAGAUAAAGCUAUGGAAGAUGCAAUCAGUUUGGUGAGAGAACAACUGGCAGCAGGUUGGAACAAAAUUGCACCACAGACACAGUCACUUGAGGAAGAAGAUGAACUUGAAGGUGAAAAAGACAGUCAUGAGUAUGCAUCUAUAGCACCAACUGAGGAGGACAUACAACAAUAUUCUGAAUUCACCAGUAAUACUUCUGUUUCUAAACUUGAAAUCAUCAGAAACAUGGUUCCAGAUGAAGAAUACCACAAACAGUGCCAGUGUUUGAAUACAGACCAAAGGAAAUUUUUCCUGUAUAUUUUGAAUCAGGUCAAGACAUGUGAAAAUCCUUUUUACAUUUUCCUAAGUGGAGGGGCAGGAGUUGGAAAAACUGUUGUAGUAAGAACAAUCUACCAAGCUCUCAUAAGAUGGUACAAUUCAAAACCUGGAUCAAAUCCAGAUGACACAAAGGUCUUGCUUUCGGCACCUACUGGUAAGGCGGCAUACCUUAUUAAAGGUAAUACUCUACAUUCCAUUUUUGCAAUACCAGCAAAUCAGGGCUUUUCAUACACACCUUUGGCAAGUGACAAACUGAAUACAUUAAGGUCUAAAUUCUGCCAGUUGAAAUUUUUAAUUAUUGAUGAAGUGUCAAUGGUUGGCAAUCAUAUGUUUUCCUUUAUAAAUCAACGUCUGCAACAAAUCAUGGGAAGUUCACAGGUCUUUGGUGGUGUUUCCAUAUUAACAGUUGGGGAUCUGUAUCAGUUGAAACCAGUUUUUGAUGGUUGGAUUUUUGCAAACCUUCAUGAUGAUUAUGGACCAUUAGCAACAAAUCUGUGGAGAGAAAACUUUACAAUGUAUGAACUGACUAAAAUUAUGCGCCAAAGAGACUCAAAAGAAUUUGCUGAACUACUCAAUCGAUUGAGGGAAAAUAAACAAACAAAAGCAGAUAUAGAGCUAUUGGAAAAAAGAACAAUUGAAACUGAUAUUAUUGAUCCAUCAUAUCCUAUACAAGUACCACACAUCUACCUGACACGUAAAAUGGUUGAAACGCACAACAUGCUUGUAUGUGAUAAUCAAGGUGCAAAAAAGAUUUCAAAUCAAUCUUUUGAUGUUGUACUUGGAGAUGUAACUCCUGAAGUUAAACAAAGGAUUUUGUUAAAGAUUCCCAAUGACACGUCAAAAACAAUGAAUUUAAGUUCCAAAGUUGAGACUGCAUUGGGUUUAAGAAAUGAACUUUCAUGUAAUGUUGACAUUGAAGAUGGCAUGGCCAAUGGUGCUCCAUGUAUACUUACCGCAGUUGGUCCAAUAGACAAGACUGGAAGAUACAAACACAUGUGGGUCCAAUUUGAAAAUGAAAAUAUGGGCAGUAAAUGUAGACUUGAAAAUAAGACAUUGUACACUAAAUUUAUAAAUCCGAAGUGGACACCUCUAUUUAGAGUGAAGAGACUUUUUUCUGCAGGAAAGUACAAAUCUGCAAAAGUUAUGAGAGACCAAUUUCCCAUACGCUGUGCUGCUGCAAAGACAUGUCAUAGGUGUCAAGGUGACACAAUGGAAUGUUUAGUGGUAGAUUUUUCUGGUAAAAAGUUUCCACAUGCCCAUUAUGUUGGAUUGUCAAGGGUGACACAACUUGAAAACCUUAGUAUAAGGCAUUUGAAUAUAAAAAACAUAGCAGUUGACAAGUCUGUAGGGACAGAAAUGAAAAGACUAAGAAGUUCACCCUUACUGAUAUCAGAUCCACUCAACAGCAGCAACAACACUUUCAAUAUCUUGUACCAGAAUGUAAGAUCACUUAGAAAACACUUUCCAGACAUUCUUUCCUGUGAGCACUACAACAAUACAAAUAUCAACAUUUUCUCAGAAACAAAACUUACAGAUAAAGAUGUUACAAACCAGUACAAUAUGACGGAUUUCUACAUGUACAGGUGUGACAGUCCAAAGAAUAGAGCAUAUGGGUUAAUGGUAUAUUCUAAAAAUAAAUUCAACAACAAUACCAUACAUAAAUAUACACUACACAACUUCAGUUACAUAGAAACAGUUUUGAUGGAUACACAGACAGGACUGCCAGACAUUCCAGUUAUAUCUGUUGCUGGCUUGUAUGUUUCCCCCAAGACAACUAAAGAAGAUUUAAAACUUCAUUUACAUGAAAUAAUUGAUGUCCUUAAAGAAAAAAGACAGCCAUAUGUUGUAAUUGGUGACAUGAAUAUUAAUCUGCUCAACAUUCAAGAUCAUUUUAUUAUGGACAUUCUUCAAUGCACUCAAAUUAUAAAAGAAGUGACAACAGAUUACAUAUCACUUUUAGACCAUAUUUAUAUCAGUCAAGACCUUCAGUCAUUAAAGUACAAAUCAGGUGUGGUAGAGUCUUAUUUCUCAGAUCAUAAAGCUGUCUAUAUAUCACUGGAAAAAUCUUCAGUAACUAAGUGUUAA